AUUUUAGAAGCUGAAUUGAUGAAAUGAUUCCCCUGUUAACCUUUGACCCCUGAGUGAAUGUCCUGGGGACAGAUUUCAGCGGGACACCAGCUGGAGGCUGCGCUCUUUUAGCGUCUUUGUUCCGUUAAAUCUUUCGAUGGAGACCGAACCGAACCAGUUAAACGGUACUGAUUGAUGUUGGUGCUGAUGAAUGACGAGUUAAACAGAUUUAUUUGAAUUUUUUAUUUGGCAUUUAGCCUCAUUUAGCUAACAGCUGGGCUUUCUUCUUCUACGUUAAUUUAGCUAACAGCGGGAGUUUCUUCUUCUACGUUAAUUUAGCUAACACCGGGAGUUUCUUCUUCUGUGCUUACUUAGCUAACAGCUAUUAUGUCAAGUUGCAACUUAGUUUCGCGUCUAAAACAAAACCGAGUUAAAUCUGAUUGUUUGCAGAUAACCUAGAACACUGUGUGGCAACAAAGACCGUUUAGUUUCUCUGUUAGUCAUUAAAAACAGCCGUUUAGUUUCUAUUACCGAGUCAUUUCUAGACGCCAUGUUGGGAGUGUCACAGCUGUUUUUAACCCUUCAUAGCCCGAAGGGAUUAUUUAUCAUCCGAGACGGUAAUAAAUUAGUGUUUCCGGAAGCUUCUGGGUCAGAGGAUGAUGAACCCCCGAGGUUCUGUUUCAGCUCCUUGUCCUGGUUCUGAUCCUCAGGUCUUCAUGGUUCUGGGAAUCUUUUGUUUGGGUUAUUUUUGUUGGUUUUGGGUUCACCUGGUCUCUACGUCACUCAUCACCUCCACAGGUUCCCUGCUUGCUUUGCUCCUGCUGGGUUUUGGUCUUUCUGGUUAUCCAAGUUCCUCUUUUUCUUCAUCAUUAAAUCUUCUCAGCCCUGAUCUUCCACUUGUCAGCCUCUGGGUCCAUUUCUGGCUUGGCUCAUGGAUUGAUCAUCCUGGUAGAGAGAGUUGUUUUUGUCUCUUUGUUAGCCUCCUGAUUGAGGCCGACCAAGUGGGAAUAAAACUGCAUCCCUGUGACGAACUGCUGGGAGAAAAGAACUGAUUUAAAGCUGGUUCUGGUCUGGUACGGUACCUACUCAUCAGCUUUCUAUGUCUGAACCACUCUUACUUCGCAAUGAAGUAACCCUUCCUCUGACCAUGGCGAGGGUAAUGGGCGGAGGUUGAGAAAAAGCAGCAAUCCAAAGAACCCCCUAAAGACGUUUAGAUCAUCGGCUCCAAGCGACGCGUCAGAACCAGAAUAAUGGCCGCCGGCAUCGAUUAAACUGCCUGUUCCUUCUGCCGUAGGGUCCGGCCGAGUCCCGUGGCGGCUCAUCAAGGCCCAGGUGGCCGUGGCGAUGGCCGUCAUCAGAAGCAGACCCCCCGGCGUGAGCGGCCGACAGCACGGCGAGGCUUUGGGCCACACACUGAGGCGGCAGGACGGCACGUGGCGGGAGCAGGCCCAGGCGCUGCAGCAGGAGGUGCUGAGGCUGCGGCAGGAGCUGCUGGUCUCCAGGGCGACGGCCAACACAAACAGCAGCUGGGAGACGGCAGACGAAGCCAUCAUGGAGGAUCUGUCUCAGGAUCUAUUUGGUCCAGGAAGUCCAGCUUUCGGUGACGAUCCUCCCCCAGACCGUGACUCAGAGACUCCUGACCUCCUGCUGCAGGACCUUCCUCUUCCUCCUCCUCUUUCUCCUCCUCCUCUUCCUCCUCCCUCCAGACUCCAGAGCGAUCCCUGGAGCGACGCGCUGCUUCCUCACAUGCGGUUCCUGCAGUCUCUGUGUUCCCUGCAGCGCCUCGACGGCAGCAGCGCGGCUCUGGCCCCAGAGGGCCACGGCGGCUCAGCGGCAUCAGAAACCAUCCUCCUGCUCCUGGACAGCGUGGCGGCGGCCUGCGGGGCCCCCACGCCGCCGGGGCUCCCCGACUUGCUGCCCCAGGCCUGCCGGGCGGCGUCCCGGGCCUUGGACCUCCUGUGCUCCGGGCGGCCAUCCGCGGACCUGCGGAGACGCGUGGAGGAGGCGCUGAGGGAGCUGACCCGGACGCUGCUGCACAGCCGGCGACCCGGCAGGGCUGCAGAGAAGCUGACGGAGUCCCUGGUUGCUCUGGGGAGCAGCAGCGUAUCAAAGUCCUUCCUCGUGUGUCUCAUCCUGUCGGAGAUCGACUCUCUGGCGGAGCAGCUCUGGCAGACCUCCCAGGUGCAGGAGAGCUCAGCGCUCCGGACCUUUCCCCUGGACCGGUACCAGAACUCCUGCCACUUGCUGUGGGUUCUGGAGAGGCUUCUGCCGGGUCUGGACUCGACCCAGCGGAGGCCGGAGCUGGAGGUGGCGCAGACGGCCUUCCUGCAUCGCUUGGAGCUCCGCGUCUUCUUGCUGUGGGACGAGUUUCCUCUGUUCUCCGUCUUGAUGUGGCGCAUCGGAAAGCUGCUGUUUUAGAAAACGGAUUAAAUUCACGAAUCCGCUUCCAGUUUCAGUUCAUCCUGUGAUCAAAGGUCGAGAUGGUUGGAUAGAAAUACGUAAAAUCUAGACCUGCAGCAGGUGGUGAAGAUGAUGGUGUUCAGGGCGUCGGGUUUCCUUUGCAGCUCCAACAGCUUCUUGCUGACGUUGCUAAGCAACCGCUCAUUGGCAUUGUCUGUGCUGGGAUGCAGGUGGUUGGCAUGGCGACCAGAAGAACAACAACCAGAGCCGAGGAAACAGAGAUGAAGUUUCUCCUCAUCCUUUCAGGUUCUGUGAUCUCGACCAGAACCGCGGUUCUGGACUGAUGUUGGGUCCCUGCAGAAUGUUCUCUGUUCUAGCUUUUACCAGAACCAGAACUGCACUGGAAUCAAACCCACAACCUUCUCCUGUUUAACCUCCUCUGCUGCUGCUGCUGCUCAUCUGAGAGGAUUAAUAAUCUGUGCUGAUUCUUUUGUUUAGGUUUUAUUGGCUCUAGUUUCCUUUAUUUGAUAGUGAAAUAGGAAAGGGGAUAAUGAGAAGACAAGGGGCAAAGGUCACCAGACCGGGACUCCAACCUACAAAGGCCGCGUCGAGGACCAAGGCCUCCAUGUGUGGGUUGUGGCUAACUGCUGCUGCACCACACUGCCCCAUACUGGAGAUUCCUGACUGCAGGAGAGAUCUGGUCCGGUCCGGUCCGGUCCGAUCUGAUCUCGGAGCUGUUUUCUGCAGUUUCAUCAGAGCUUCAGCUGCUCAACUGGAAACUGAUGCUAACAGCUGCCGUCCUCAACCUGACUGGUCCCAUCAGCACCAAUUGGUUCCAUCGGCCCAGGCUUGCUGGUUGUCAUGGUCACAGAGCGAUUAGCAUCGCUGCGUUGCGGCUGCAUCUCCUGAUCUUUCAUAUCCUGUGGAACUGGGCCGGGCCGGGGAACAGAACCCGGCCCUCCUACGUGAGCUGCUCCCUGAUGGGUCUCAUCUGGACCGACUGCUGGUGUGGUCAAACCGUCAACUCUUUAAUAAAAACCGUCCAUGCUAAAUAUUAGCGGUUAGCAUAGCUAGCAAAGCUUUUUGUCCCACCAGAAAGCGAUUCCUGGUUUGUUUUGUUACAGUAAAAAUCUGAAAAGUGUGGAAUGCUUUUCUAUUGAGCCCCUCUGGGUCAGAACUGUGCAGAACCACAGUUUCUGUUUAUGGGGCCUUUAGUGUCUGUUGAGCUGUAAGGUAGCCGUCUGUUUAAUUAGUUCACUUUACCGAACGAUGUUACAUUUUAACAAACACAGAGAAAACCUGAACAGUCGGACGGGAUGGUAAAGUGUCACAGCAGAGAGGAAGAGGAAGAGAAGAGGAAGAGGAGCAGCUAGUAUCGAUUAUGCAGGAUAAAAGGUUUUUAACCCAGAUAUUUUUUCUUUUGUUUUCUUGGUUGAAUGAAAAAUAAUUGGAAUCUUAAAUGUUUUGGGGUAUGAAUAAUUCUGGGUCUGUAGAUUUAAUCCUUCAUCAGUUCAGAGCAGAUUUGAUCUUCGAAUGUUUCACUGUAGGACUGGAACUGGAAUAAAAAACUAUUUUAAUGAAAAAGAAAAGUGUAACUUUUACUAAAAUACUCUGGGGAAAAAUAUGUUCAACAAUAAAAUACCCAAUAAUCUUUUUAUAGGGGAGAAACUGAAUCCAAACGACUGAAAGGAGGUUCAGUGAAAAUGAAAGCGUUUUGUUUCCUAAGUGAAUGAUUUGCAGAGAUGAAAUGACCUUGUUCUGACCCUGACUGAUGUGGGAACUAAUCGCAGCGAGACUCUCGCUCUGCGGCUUCAUGUGACGGAUGAUUCAACGGCAGCGAACAGUUUAAUUACCGCACAGCAACUAGCAGAACAGAUUUUAUCCUCAGAGAAAUCUUCAUCAGGAUUAGAGACGCGUUCACUGACGGUCAGCCAUUAGAGACACUGACCGUAGAGAAGCACCCAGAUCCUGCAGGAUGGAGUUCUGCCUGGUUCUAGAGUGUCCAGCUGAAGGCCAAGAUGCUAAUGUCUCUGGAAUGCUAGCAUCUCUGGGAUGUUAACGUUGGUGGGCUGCUAAUGUUUCGGGGAUGCUAACCUCUCCGGGAUGCUAAUGUCGGCAUGCUUCUCUUAGCUUCCGGGUAAGGCUAGGUUUUCCAUUCUGGAGCUUCAUUGGGAUCCAGUUGGGCUCAGGAUCUGAAACUGGUUUAUGGAUUCUAAGCCCUGAAGUUAACCCAUCAAACGAAAACAUUUCUGUCUUCCUCAUUCUGUGAGGAUAUAAUAGAGUUUUUCUGGAUUUCUAGGUGCAGUCUAUAGAUUUUCCAGUUAUGACUUUUGGGUCAUUUCAAAAUGUGCCUUUUCCUUCAUUCAGUACAGGCAUUUACACUCCAUACCAGUAGGUGGCGGUAAUGCACUAAUUUCGUCGUUUGCCAACCGCCAAAAGAACAAGAAGCAGCAGAGGAAUGGAGGCGCUGCUAUCCGGUCUGGUGGGAUCAUUUCCUCUUUUUUUAAGGUCAUCUGUCGGGCCUCGCCAGAGUGGAACGUAGCUGGCAGAAAGAGAGCAGACGUUUGAAGUUCACAUCUUGCUUUUGAGAAGUGGAGAAAUCAUUAAGACGAGUCCUGAGAGCGGCUGGCAGGUACAGGGGGGGCGGCGGCGCUGUCCGUCUCACUUUGACCUGUGGCUUCCCACAAUCCUCUGGGGAACAGAGGAGAUUUGGCCCCUUUAUCAGAUUUAUAAUGUCCCCUCAUCUCUGCAGCUGGUUUUAAGCCAAACUAGAGGAAAUUGAAGCCCUGAGGAAGUUUUCAAGUAUUUAAGUUGAGUUUGUUCACAACAGAAUGACAGAUUCUUGGUCUUUUUAAAUGUUUUGCUGUAAAGGAAACUCAAAGUAUUCUGCUGCUGGUUUGUGCAGCCGGUUGAGAACAGAAGAUCUCGUUGCUCAUCUGCUUCACCUGGGUUGUGCUAGCGUAGCAGUUAGCCUACAGAAUGAUAAAAUUGUCCUGCUGGUGAAACUUUGGCUUUUCCACACUUCCUACUGUCAUUAGGAAACUCAUACCUGUUUCGUGGUGCAGUACCUUAACUUUAGUACUUGCACAGUUUGUUUUGUUCUCGUCCACCUCUGCAUUAAAACUAGCGGUCAGAUAAUUAAAAAUGGGGAGUUGGUCAAAUUUGAGGAUUUGUGCCGGACUUAUGAGGCGGGCAGAGAAGAUUUCUACCGUUAUUUGCAGGUCCGAAGUUUCUUUAGGAAAGAAAUCAAAACCUCUGACUUGGAUGCAGAGCCAGGAAAAGUACAAAUAUUUAUGGAUUCAUAUGCUGGCAAAAAUCCAAAAGGCAUUAUCGGCAAAUUUUAUAGAAAUUUAGCACCUAUGAAUAAGAACUCAACUGAUUAUAUCAGACAACGAUUGGAAAAGGAAGCAAAUGUAAUAAUUUUACCUGAGGCUUGACUGUGGAUCUGGAGGAAUUCUCUGUCCACCACAAAUUCUUUAACAUGGCACGAUUUCUGCUGGAAGAAUCUAAUCUGAUUUGUUAUUACGCCAAAGCAGAGAUCGAAGCUGGGUGGGUCACAGUUCUCUGGCUGGAGGGGGUGCGGUGUGGUCUCUGUGGGCUGCUUUCAUAUCUUUUAGGACUGUCCACAGUUGAAGACCUUCUGGAAGGAUGUUAACCAAGUAAUCUAUGAAAUUCUGUGUAUAACUUUGUCAUUUCAUUUCCUGCUAUGAACCUCAGAAUACUUCCUGAAGGACUCGGUAAUAAGUUGAAGAUGCCUGUUGAAGAUAUUUAUGAUUGUAAGCAAGAAGGCGAUUACUAAAUGUUGGCUCCAACCUUGUGAACAUUAUAAACCUGAUGCACAAUAUGGAAACGUUGACUUUUAUAAUAUGUCUCCAGAAGGAGAAAGGAGAAAGACUUUGGGAAAAAUGGAAUCAUUUUAUAGCCAAAGGUGUGCAACAGUUAAUUUCUGUGAUUCCUCAUCACUCAGACAGACAGCUGGGAGUUUCCGUUUCCCUCUGUAUUUAUUUUUAUUUUCCCUUCGUCUGUAAGAUUGUAAUGAUCAUCAGUGUGAUCGUCUGCUACCUGCCCUAGCCCUCUUGUUUGAUUCUAUGUACAUGUAUGCUUAAAAACAAAUAAAAAUAAAGUAUAUAAAAAAACAACUAGUGGUCAGCAUGAGCACAGUAGCGCCCCCUCUUGGUGGUUCAGGGACUUGCUCCUGGUCAUUCUUUGAUUUGUCUAGUUAGACAAAAAUUCUGAUGUUUCAUCUGUUGUCUACAUGUUCUUCAUGUUCUGAAUCAUUUUAGAUGAACUAGAUCCGUUUCCCUGGUUCUUCUUCAGAAAUUGUCAAUCAUCUGAAAGGGGAAUGAUUUGUCCAAAGGCAGAAAAAGGAAAUCUGGGGCUGAUGGGUUCAGGUUUCAUCAGCUGUGAAAUAAAUUAUUAGAGAAAACUCUGGAUACUAUUUAUCUGAAACUUAAAUGAUCCAAAGGUUUGGAAACUGGUCGAUUCUACUUAUGACUCAAAAACAGAUUUUCAAGGUUCAUUAUCAAAAACCCAAAAAAUAUGACUGAUAAAUCUGAGAUGUUAAGUUGUUUAAAUGAACAUUUCAUUGCUGCAGGCCCUUUUUGACUCUAAACUUAAGCUUUAAUUGAUGUAGGAGCCAAGCAGCGACUGGAUUUGCAGAUUAUUUGUUAAUAAGAGCUCAGUUUGUGUAAUAGUCUAAUCUUUUCUGCACGUCAUGGCUCAGUUUUAGGACCCAUCUGAUUUCACAUUAAUAUAAAUAAUGUUUUUGAAGUUGUCAAAUGUCACUACUUUUAUGCUGAUGACACUUUUAUUUGUAGUUCUUCACUUUUACAAGCCUUUGAGUUUUUACAAUUUGCUGUUGAUAUUGUCCAAAUCUGCAGUGUUUGAAAUUAGUUUUAAAAGCUGAACAAACAAAAGUGGUGCUGAUGUCACUGAGCACAUGUAUUAAAACCAAACAAGUUGGCAGUUAUAAUUAUCUGCUGGAUUCUGAGCUUUCCUUUAAAUUGCAUAUCACUAAUUUGGUUUGCAAAAUAAAGCGUAAGCUUGGUUUUUAUUAAGAGAACUAAUAUUUCCUCUGGCUUUGGGCCCCAAGCUGCUUUAGCAGCAACAUUUCUACCCGUGGUUAUGGUGACCUUGUGUCCAUGUCUUGAACACGGUUCUUCAUCAUUCUGCUCUGAGGUUUGAGACGCGAUCCGUCGCCUCACCCGUCAUCGUGAACAGGAUGGAAAAUCUGCCUUUUGACUUAGAGCAGGAAACUCACUGACUUCUUUUCUUUGUGUAGUUUUCUAAACAGCCGGCAGUCCUUAUGAAUGCCACUGAUAUUCACUAGCAAGUUCCCGGCGUUGGGAACUCGUGGCUUUAGUUACUCUACUCCUUCCUCUUGGAAUCUUCUCCAAACUUGUUUUGGAAACGUUGUUUUUAAAAGCUAAAGACGUCCAUGAACAGAACCAGUCUGUUAAAGACGUUCAUGAAAAACGGAACCUUUUAUCCAGAUUUUAGCUAACUUUAUUAAGAGCUAUUGCUCCAUCUUUUUUCGCUCGACUGUUUAGAACUAAUUGCCCUUUGCAUGUAAAAUGCCUGUUUUGCUUCAAGUGAUUUCCGUGCCGCUGACCUCUUAGCUGGUCACUCUUUACCCUUUUUACCUGGUGAAAUAAAGCUUAAUAAAAAACUUAAACUAC